GUGGUCGAGCGAGCGCCGUGUCUCAGCUGCUCGACCGUGUGCUGGGUGCCCCCUUUCCUCUUCCCCUCUAACGCUAUCAUGGCUCAUAUUAGCCCACAUCUUUGAUUAAAUCUAGUGACUCGAAAUGUUUUGGAAGAAUAAUUAGAAAUCCGCGAUCAAUUUCUCUUUCUGCUGCUUUUUUUGUUGAUAUUUUAAGUGCUUGACUAGAAAGAUAAAUAUAUUGAGUUGUGCUCUAUAAGCGAACCUCCUAACUAGGCGGCUCAUUGAUCUCUUCGUAAUGCCAGGAGCGUUCGAUUUUUUUGGUAGGUUUGAAACUUCUCUGCGCACCUACAAUAAAGAUGCUCGUCCCUUGCCCGAGUGUCCACACGGCGUGCACAGCCCCGAGGAGUGUGGCUGUGAUCGCCACCACGAAUGCAAGAAACCGCACUGCGCUAACGACAUCCCUCUUGAUCCUCUAUGCAAACUAUCACAAGGAACACCUUUCGGUGUGCCGGUGUCUAUGUGGGGCUACCACAAAUGCUUCUCUGGAGGAUGUGAUUCAACGGAUACCAUCAGAGGUCCCAGUGCGAUAUCUGGUGAGGUUACCGAGAGACUUUAUUCUACGCCAACCCGAUCAUUUACCGCUAAACUUCGAUCGGGAUCUGUCUCUGUGCGGUCUGUUUCUACAGUAGCUCAUGACGACCUGGGAGAGACGUCGGACGAUAGUAGCGGCGCUUGCCUUACGGAAAAAAGUUUGGAGGAGUCCACUGGCUCGCCCUCCAGUUCACUUGACUGCAAGGAUGGCACCAACUUCGUAUCACACAUCAUCACUGCCAAUCCACCAGGUAACCACAAUCAGAGCAGGAAUGAUGGCAUCUCUCUGUCUCCGUCUAGGCGCUCUGUUAGUGCCAGAGGCCGGAGGACAGUAUUUCACCAAAGAACUUCGGAAGCGAACAACACCUGCAGGCGCUCUCAGUCAUCGUGCGCAGCUCCGAGUAUGAAGCCCAGGCUUGGCUUUGAUCGCAACGGCGGCCGUUUAAACGAAAGCGACGUUACAACUUCAAGUGAACCUCCCUCAUCUCCUGACGCUUCCCCUGCUACCACUCCUGCUUUGACUCCGCGUCAACUGCUCUCACCCAAAAACAAUGUUUCUUCUGCACAAACCAGACCAGUUGGGUCUACUCCUAGAGCCGCUGUAAUUAGGCCUUCAGCUGUGUUUGCCGGUGGUCGAUACAAAGUUAAACCUGUUCCUUUGAACAAAAGUGCCAGUGAUGGCGUCGAGCGGCUUAGGGGGUCAUUUCGUCGCGGAAAAUGUGACGGCGUUGUGAACGCUAAAAAUGAAACUGCUCCGGCCACUGUCCCGUUGAAAGACAGACAAGUUAUAGUGGAUCCAUUUCUAAGAUCUCAUUUAGCAAGAUUUUCAUCGGACUCUCGAGUGGAUGAGUUAUUGACUCAGGCGCACAUGGUGUUGGAGACCCUGACUCCCGAGCAAGACGCUAGUGUUCGCUCGCACAGAUCUCCCGAUGUACCGGGGUCUCCUGUGCUUCAGCCCGUCCGCAAGAUGAGCGGGGAGAGUUACAAAGAUCUCGCCAGCAUCAUUUGCAAGAAGAUGGAGGAAAUGACGCUAGCCCUGGCGCGCUCCGAGGAGCAGGUGGCGGCGGCGCUGCUGGAGGCGGAGCGCGUGUGGCUCGUCCACCGCGGCGGCUUCUGCGCGGCGCGUCUCCUGGGCGACGACGCGUCCCCUGCGCCGCCCCUGGGCAAGCUCGCCCUCAAGCUCGAGCACAGCGGCGACGUCAUACACGUCGACGAGGACGACGUCGAGAAGGCGAACCCCAGUCAGUUCGACCGGUGCGAGGACCUGUCGUCCCUGCGGCACCUGAACGAGUCGUCGGUGCUACACACCCUGCGUCAGCGCUAUGGCUGCAACCUCAUCCACACCUACGCCGGCGCCAGCAUGGCUAUCAUCAACCCUACCACGCCACUAGCCAUAUACUCAGAGAAGGUGAUCCAAAUGUUCCGCGGGUGCCGGCAAGAGGAGAUGCCGCCGCACAUUUACUCCGUGGGGCAGGCGGCGUACCGCGAGAUGGUCUCGACGCGACGUGACCAGAGCAUCGUCUUCCUGGGGCGCUCCGGUGCUGGCAAGACCACCAACUUCAGACACGUCCUGCACUACCUCGCCCUCGCCACCCCGUCCUGCAACUCCCUCCUCACAGUUGAACGCCUGAACGCGAUCUCGACGUUGCUGGAGGCGUUCGGCAACAGCAGAACGCUGCUCAACACAAACGCUACGCGCUUCACACAAAUAUUCAGCCUCGACUACGACCACACAGGCCAGAUCGCCUCUGCUUCCAUACAGAGGUAUAGCCAUAUACUCUCCGAGCCCAACCUCUUCAUGACACCCCUGCAGCGGACGGAGGACAAGCAGAAGGCAGGCAUCGCGUGGGCGCGCAUACGUGCCGCGCUGGACGUGCUGGGGGUGAAGGAGGGCGAGCAGCGCGCCCUGUGGCGGGUCCUGGCCGCCAUAUACCACCUCGGCGUCGCCGGCGUCACCACACACGGUGCGGCGCACAAGGCGCAGUUCGCGCGGCCUGCGAGCGCGGACGUGGCGGCGGCGCUGCUGGGGUCGACCAUCGAGGAGCUCACGCGCGCCAUCUUCCUGCCGGCGCACCAGGCGCCCCAGCCGCGCUCCUCCUUCAGGUCGAGCUCGCCCCUGGACCGCGCGGGAGGCCGGGGCCACAAGCAGCUGGAGGGCCUAGAGGCCCUAGAGGGCAUGGCUGCUGGCCUCUAUCUGUUUAGUCUUGUUAUACCCCCUGACGACUGUGCUGGGUAUUGCAGGUCGAGCUCGCCCCUGGACCGCGCGGGAGGCCGGGGCCACAAGCAGCUGGAGGGCCUAGAGGCCCUCGAGGGCAUGGCUGCUGGCCUCUAUGCUGAGGCCUUCAAUGCUGUCGUCACCCUCAUGAACAGAUGCAUCUCGGGGUCCGCUAAGACGGUGAACUCCAUCCUGGUGGUGGACACGCCGGGCCUCCAGAACCCUGCGUCCUGUGGCCGGACCUCGGGCGCCUCCUUCGGGGACCUCUGCCACAACUACACGCAGGAGCGCCUGCAGAUGCUGUGCCACGACACCACCUUCACCGCACAGGCUGACAGAUACGCGCAGGAACACGUGGAGUGCGGCGACGUGUCCGAGGCACUGGGUACUCCCGCGCCUCUGAUCGCCCUCAUCGACAAGCCUGCGACGAACAGCGUCGUGCGCACGUCCCAACAAGACCUGCGUGAGGCCGACCGACGUGGCCUCUUAUGGCUUCUUGACGAGGAGGCCAUCUUCCCAGGCGCCACCGACCAGUCCUUCCUAGAGAGGCUCUUCGCUCACUACGCUGAGAGAG